UCGGCUCGUGAAUCACUCCCUCCCAGUGGUUGCUGCAUGCUGGUUUCAGGUCCUCACUCUCAGUUAGCUCUCUUCUUCUUCUUCUGCGACUUCUCUGUGGACAACGACGACUGCAAAACAAACCAUGGUCCAGGCAAAGUCGUGGAUCCUGACCAAGCACUUUGACGGCUUCCCGAAGGACAGCAACUUUGAGCUGAAGGUGGAGGAGCUCCCUGAGCCCAAAGAUGGAGAGGUGCUUUUGGAAGCCGUGUUUCUCAGUGUGGAUCCAUACAUGAGGCCGUUCAGCAGGGUUCGCAUGCAGGAAGGCGAUGUGAUGAUUGGAACUCAAGUGGCCAAGGUGCUUCAAAGCAAUAACCCGGCAUUUCCCGUGGGAAGCCACGUUAUUGGUCGUUGCGGCUGGAGAAGCCACACAGUCUGCGACGGGGCCGACCUCACUCCCAUCAUGCCUGACUGGCCCCAAGAUGUCUCGUUGUCGCUGGCUCUGGGUGCCAUCGGCAUGCCGGGACUGACGGCUCUGUUGGGGAUAGAAGAAGUCUUGGGACUCCAGAAGGGCGAGACCCUGCUGGUGAAUGCAGCAGCGGGGGCGGUGGGCUCCUUGGUGGGCCAGAUCGCCAAGAUCAUGGGCUGUAAGGUGGUGGGUUCAGCGGGGUCUGACGCCAAGGUGGCUUUCCUGAAAGAACUGGGCUUCGACGAGGUCUUCAACUACAAGACGGUCGGUUCCCUGGACGAGGCGCUGAAGAAGGCUUCUCCAGAGGGAUAUGACUGCUUCUUUGAAAAUGUGGGAGGCCCUUUUUCAAGCGUCGCCAUACAGCACAUGAAGAACUUUGGUAGAAUAGCCGUGUGUGGAGCCAUUUCCACCUACAAUGACUCCACACCUCAAACAGGUCCGUACCCCCACCUCACCAUGAUCUUCAAGCAGCUUAAGAUGGAGGGCUUCAUGCAGAGCAGGUGGGAGCACAAGCACCCCGAGACCCUCAAGAGGCUGAUUGGAUGGUUGAAGGAGGGCAAACUGCAGUGUCGGGAGCACGUCACCAAAGGCUUUGAGAACAUGCCAGCUGCCUUUAUGGGGCUGCUGCAGGGAGAGAACAUCGGCAAGGCUGUGGUCGCUGUCUGAUGCGGGAAACGCAGGAUCGACGGAGGAGAUGAAUCAGUGUUACAACCCUGUUUACAGAGAUGACACAACACUGUGUGAAACAGAAACAGAAACAAAAAGUGAUGAUGGGAAAGCUCAUAUUUAAUUGAAAACAGCAAAAAGACGACUUCUCAAAUAGAAACUGAGAGCUUUUAUUGUUUUUGGAAGAACAUAACAAUUUGAAUUCCAGAGAAAACGAGCACAGAAUUUCCCAAAAACAAUAAAAAAAGUUCUCAGUUUCAACAUUUUAUGAAGAGUUUUUGUGCCAUUUUCAAUUAAAUAUGCGGUUUCAAUGUUUUCACAUCAGCAUUUUUACAUUUUACAUGGCGUGCCAACAUUUUUGGAAACAGCGUUAUAAUAAUAACCAACACAUAAUUACACUAUUCACACAUGAAGGACAAUAGACAUUUAGAAGUAGAUAUUUUCAUACUAACGUGUUAGACGUCUGUUAGACUCUGUUAGAGUUUAGUCUGAAGCUAUCCGUUCUUUAAAAUUCAGAUGUGGUGGAUUUUCAUUCAUAGUACGGCACUUUUACAAAAUAAAGUAAAACAAAUGGACAGUUUACUUCAAAAUAAUCCAGAUUUGAGACAGAAAUCUGUCAUAUUAAACUACAUAUUUGUAAUAAUUUAAUACAUGUUUGGGAGAGACCACUGCUGUGCCAGCAAGUACCUAGAUGAGCUGUGUAGAUCUGAUGCCUUAUUCUCUGUAUUACCCAUGUGCUUUUAUAUUUACUGUGAGUUAAUAAAAUUUUGAGGGAGUC